AUAUCAUGUUUGACGAUUGGCAUGUCAAACUCGUUCGCGAUAGACAAACGGUCCGAUGCCGUAAAAAAAUCCCACCAACAAGAUUCGCCAGAGUGGAGUUUGUUCUCAUCGGACAACAUCGUGUGACGACAAUGGCUUCAUAUUCAGGGGCGGAGUGUCUUUUUCUCCCAAUACUGCUAAGCAUUUUUUUCUCGUCAAGUUUCGGUUACCUUGAUGGAACCACUGAACCGGAAGUGACUUUUUCCCAGGGGAAUCUGCGGGGAAAAAUUAUGACCACCACCCAUGGCCGAAAGGUGUCGGCCUUUCUGGGAAUUCCUUAUGCUCAACCACCGGUAGGAAAUAAGAGAUUCGCCAAUCCCGUGCCGGCGGGUGGUUGGAAGGGAAUCCGAAACGCUACUGCCGACGGAAACAUGUGCCCCCAACUAAGUAACAUAGACUAUGUCAGUUUUGUUGGGGACGAAGACUGUUUAAACCUGAACGUGUAUACGCCGCAGAUAAGCAACCGUAAGAACUCCUCGCUACUUCCGGUAAUGGCAUAUGUAUUCGGUGGGAGGUUCUUGACAGGGUCUACCAAAUCAUCCGUCUACAGUCCGGCGUACCUUUUGAACCAGGAUGUAGUUCUCGUCACCUUCAACUAUCGUCUGGGUGUUCUGGGGUUCUUGAGCACUGGCGACGAAGUGGCUUCCGGAAACUGGGGCCUAAAAGAUCAGGUCCUUGCGCUCGAAUGGGUGCAGCGUAACAUCAGACACUUUCACGGUGACCCUGAUCGAGUGACACUAUUCGGCCACAGCUCAGGGAGCGCUUGCGUUCACCUUCUGACGCUUUCGAAAUUGACAAUUGGACUCUUCCAUAAGUUCAUUAUGCAAAGCGGAGCUGGCUUUCCGCAAUGGGUCUACAGACCCAGGGCUGCCUACGCAAAGCGCGCAUUCGAACUUGGCAAUUACAUUGGCUGUUCAAAUGAAACUUCGGAUUCCCUUGUCAGCUGUUUGCGGAAAAAGAACUUCUUGGAUGUUGUAGGCGUAUUCAAACAGUUUUCCGUGUGGCAAUACGAACCAUUCAGCAGAUGGGCUUGUACUGAUGAGCCAGAUAUCAAGGGGGCUUUUAUAACAACCAGCCCUACAAAUAUAAUGAGAGCAGGUCAGAUUCGUGAUGUACCUUGUAUCAUGGGUCUCGUUGAAGACGAAGGUUUAGGGACUACUAUAGUGUUCUAUGAAAAGGAGGAAUGGUUUGACGACCUUCUGAAAAACUUUGAUCAUUUGCUGCCGAUUUUAUUGUACUGGUCGUAUCAACCGGACUCUGGAGCCGCUUGGGUCAAGGCGGCCAAGUCGUACUAUUUCAAUAACAUUGAAACAAUGAAUAGAAGUGAGUUGCUGACUAACUUGACGUUACUCAUCGGUGACGCUACGUUCACCUAUCCGAUGUACUCCGCCCUGCUAUACCAGCAUGCAGUAGCAGUAAAUCCCCAAUAUUUCUACGCCUUCAGAUAUCGGGGCACCUGGAGUAACACUUACCUUUACAGCAACCCUUUGACGGACUACGGAGUAGCACACGCGGAUGAUCUUGGUUACAUUUUUCCACACGUAGACUACAAUAUCAUCUUAGCUCUCAACAAAACCCCAAAUGAAAGAGAUCUACAAAUGAGGGAAAUUAUGGUGCAAUUGUGGACAUCUUUUGCGAAUCACCGUAAACCUUCAACUUUGUUUUUUCGUGGAAAUACAACGUGGGAGCCGUACUCGAAAAAGGACAAUUACCUUCAGAUAGGAUACAGAUCCGAAAUCACGCUAGAGGUUAAACAUCCCUUCUCAACAGAGCGAAUGCAAUUUUGGGCUAACUUGGAAAGAAGUACGGCAGAGGCAGAAACCAUCGGGUUCAUCCACUAACACGCCACCGCUAGAAGAUUCUACCGUCAAUAUUUAUCGACAGAUCAAACGCGGUACUCCUGUAAAAAUGCUGAAAUCAUCGAAAUUCUGCAUGCAAUGUCGAACAAAAAUAAACAGAUACUUUUUCGUACACUGCGAGAAUGCGGCUAGAAAAUUUAUUCCAAUGAUUAGUAGUAUUUCGCUUACAGAAAUAAUUUCUCGGCAUUAUUAGUGCUUGAGGGAAAUUUUUUUUUUGGAUGUUUGUAUUCGGCAUUGUUUGUAGAAUUGCGUUCAUUACAGCAUUUUCACAGCAGUGAUGCGUAGGUUUUGAUAAUAUUCAAAAUGUGUGACAUAUGACGCAAUCUGUAACGACUGAAUAUAGCAUCCUCUGAAGAA